AUGCUCAUUGGGUGGUUUCUUCUAUGCCUGAUAGGCUUUUCAUUUCAUCCUAAGGGAACUGAAGCUGCUGACUGUCCAGCUGGUCAAGCGGGUACUGACUGUACAAGCUAUGUUUGUAAUAAGCGGUAUGAGCCAAAAUCUCAUUACGGGUCUGCGAAUUAUGGAGAUUUGGUAGCUUUGGCCACUAGCUCAAACUGUCAGAAGUUCAGCUUCUACUUGGAUGACUUCAUGAGUGAUAUCUAUGUUUGGGUGACCUACUCUGACACUGGAGCUAAUCCUCAAUUCGAUGUAUUCGGACCAUCUGGAGAAGUCAUUCAAGUAUGUGAAGAAGCCUCAGCAUCUGAUAAACAACGUCUCAACAAGUAUUGUAAUGCAGAUAAAAUGCAAAAAGGACUUUACACAAUCAAGGUUAAAGCCGAUAUUGAGGGCACUUGUUUGCUACGUGUUCAUGGCCAAACAAAUCUUGUAGUUGAUGGUGGUUUUGUUAGUGAUCCUCAUGAUGACCAUGUACAAUACUUCACAAAAGUUUUAGCUAACGAAGGAAUUACAAAGUAUCCAGAGGGGGGCGUUGCUUCUUACUUCGUGUUCAAUGUGAACAACGAAGUAUAUCCAACUACACCAUUGAGUGUUAACUUCUUCCGAGGCGAUAACUUCGUUAGCUCUUCCAAUUUGAAAGCUAGAUAUGGGUGUGGCUUUCCUCACAUAACGGAAAAAACCUUCACUUGUACAGAUAAUGAACUUCCUUACUAUGCUCAAAUUAACGGAAUUGAUAACGAUGGAGAUACUUGGUCAAGAAUUUAUAGUUUCAGUUGUGAAUCACCAAUUACCAUUCAGCCAACAGCUUCAACAACUGCUUCCGUAAUAACUGAAUGUUUCAAUAAUGGAACCUUAGUCAAUAAUAAAUGUGUUUGUACAAAAUUCUUUGAUGGUGAAAACUGUGAAUGGCCUGUUUGUUUCAACGGAGGAACCGUGAACCAAGCUACUGAACAAUGUUUUUGCGACAUUGGUUUCUCUGGGGAUCACUGCCAGAAUGUAAGAUGUUCAACACUCUCAAAUGACGUUUUCGACGACAACUCUCGGGCUUUCGCCAUUGUCAUUCGGGCAGCCUUGAGCAUGUCUCAACAGCUCCCUCAGAUAAUCAAAUCUACCAAAGCUCUUCUGAAUGAAUAUGAAAUCGAAUAUCCCAACUACUACAGCACUUAUGUUCUCACCAUCGUAGCUCAACAAGCUGUCAAUUCGUCGGUCACAUAUCAAAGCGCAGAUAGUUUCUUAGAUGCUCUUAAUAGCAUAGAGUUGACCAUUGAUGAUCAAGUUUGUGAUGACGCCUUGUUUGCUGGAAUCCAAGAAACUCUAGAUAAUCCUUCUUUUUCCAAGUAUCAGAACUCUCCCGUUUUCGUAUUUUCUGACGGAACUUCAAGUGAUGACCUUCCUACCCAAGAAUAUGUCUUGCAGCAAGCCAGUGACACUCGUGCUCAGAUUUUCUUCAUUUUAACUGAUUCCUCAUCGGCAAGAUGCAAUGUUCAUAUUUCCGACAACCAGUACCUAAGCAUGUUCUCAUUAGCUGGUUUCACUCAAGGCUUACUAGUGAAAUCGGAUCUGAGUCAACUAGAUGAUACUUACAUGCAGAUAGCUCGAUCCUUAUAUAGGUCAGCUUCUAUAACUUCUAAUGACCUCCCCAACUGUGAGCAUUUACCUGCGGUUGAUUCCUUCACCGUCGACUCAAGUGUGAACCAGUUCUACAUCAGUGCAACAGGAAUGAACUUGGCUAUCACUGUUCAAUUACCUAACAAAAAGACGCAACAACCACAGCCAGCAUACCGCAGUGGAAAUUUCUAUAUCUGGUCAUUUGAGAACCCUACAGCAGGAACGUAUUCGCUGAAUAUGACAAGUAAUUUUGAUGAUCUGUCGGAGUGUUCGUACAGAGUGUACACACCUUCAUCAAAGUAUUCUUUCUACUUUGCCUCAACCGAUGAGAUGAAUAACGACCGUUAUUCAAGAGAGCCUAUUGUAGGCAAAGAUUCUCAUGUUGUUGGAAAGCUUACCAACUUUUGGCUUCCUGAUUUUACAGGUGUCCAAACAAAAGUUGAUUUGUGGUACAAUGAUAGGGAUGGUAAUCGUGUAAGUUUGUAUAACUCGGACGGACUGUACCGAGAUGAAUGUAUUUAUAAUCUCUAUUAUGGCUCGUUCAAUUGUCAGAAUAAUUUCCAAUACUUCAACAUGAAGACAACAAUCUACGACUCCGAAGGAUCUCAAAUUCAAAGAUCAGUCACCGGUUAUUGCACAACUGCGUUACCACCGCCACCCGGAGAGCAAUGUUUAAAUGGAGGUGUAACUUCAAAUGGUACCUGCGUGUGUCCUUCACAUUUCAGUGGAAGUAAAUGUCAAAGUGUUUUAUGCGAAAAUCAGGGUACUCAAGUUUCUGGUAGCUGUGUAUGUGCUCCUGGAUUCUCCGGACAGUUCUGCGAAUUAGUGGCUUGCACAACAUAUAACGAAUAUGUUCAUCCAAGUGAUGAUCACAGAUCUCUAACUCUCCUGUUGCACGACUCUCUGACCACUCGUGCCGCGUUAAGAACUAUAAAUGAAGCUGCUGUUCGUGUUGUUCACGACAUCCAAUUACAAUACUCUAAAUGGUUUGAUUAUUAUCAGCUGAUGCGAUUCAACAGUACAGAUUAUAGACUACAGUAUGAUGGAAGUGAUCCUCAAAGUUUCUUGCAAGCUUUGGAUUCUAUGUAUGAGUACAAUCUACAACACUCAGAUAUAUCAUGCUCUGAUUUGGAUACGUAUGGAGCUCUUUCAACUAUUUUGGAACAUGAGCAUGUAGCUUGGGGUGGAAUAGUAUAUGUCUUCGUAUACGGAAUGACGAAAACCAAUAUGGACUACUACGAAAAAAUCAUGACUCAUGUGGAAAGAAACAAAAUACAAAUAAAUGUGGUACAACUAUCACUUAUGCCUUGUGGAAAAGAAUACGAAAAUGACGGAUUAUUAUCUUUAGCCCAAGUAACCGGUGGUACAUACUAUGUAUCUUCUCAAAUGAAUGCUGGAAAAGUGUUUUCAUCCUUGAACACUAAUUAUGGAUCAAGCUUGGUGUAUGAAAGACAAGUUGACGCUUGCUCUGAUGCCCAUUUCUUCAUUCCCAUUGAUUCUGCAACUCAAUCGUUCACAGUUUAUGUACAAGGAGAGCUUGCGUCGCCUAUUGUAUAUAAUAAUCCAAACGGCGAUGUUAUUACUGAUUUGUAUGUGAAUACUAUCUGGAGUGACGUUGUGACAGACACUCAAAUGGACCAAAUUAUUAAAAAAUGUGAUGAUGGUUGGAUAUACUCAGAUGGACAUUGCUGGAAGAUUGGUUACAAGUUGGAUACUUGGCAGAAUGCUAAACAAGAUUGUGCUGCUAAUGGCGCCAAUUUAGCUACCAUUUAUAACAGCGGUGAACAAAACUUUGUGAACAAGAUGUCUAAAGGUGUUUCGUUCUGGAUAGGAUUGAAUAAUCAGCAGAAUAUCGACGAAUGGGAUUGGGACGUUUCUAAUAACAUAACGUUAACACUGGCUGAAACUAAGUACACUAACUGGGGUACUGGUCAACCAGUGAAGGAAGUAACAGAGCGAUGUGUCAUUGAUUAUAAUACAAACGAUGAGAACGGAUGGGCCGUAGGAAGUUGCGACGAGCGCCAUUUCUAUUUCUGCUCAAAAGGACAUUAUGAUAACGAAUUUGAACCUUCGGAUACAGAGAGGAACCAGUUGUUGAAUGGACUUUGGCAAGUUACAGUUAACGCUACUGGUAGCUGUUCUGUUUCGGUCAGAGCUCAAUCUAACAUUCAACUGAUUACUUCUUUCACAACUGAUAUUCAUAGCGACUUCGGUGAUGCAGAACCUAUAGCUGAGACUAAAAACAACAGAAUUAUUUCCUUAGUCACUGGUAUCACCAAUGUAAAGCCUAAAUCUAUAGAAUAUGCCCAUGUUUAUGACGAAAAUGGAGCUCUCGUUCAAGUUGAAACCAUCCAAAUGAGAUCAGAUUGUCGUUUCUCCUUCAUAUCUACUCCAUUCCAAUGUAUUGGUUCAACAUUCCAAAUGUUUGUAUCUGGUACUGAUGAUUCUGGAUCUUUAUUCCAACGUAUCGUUCCUGUCACUUGCUCAGGAGGUGUUGACUCUCAUUCCUGUGAAAAUGGAGCGGUGUUCAAUGAUGGAUCUUGUAUUUGUCCUCCUGGAUAUACAGGUUCAAAUUGUGAAAUGGCUAUUUGCGAGAACGGCUUUCCAAAUGCUGAGUUAGGGUCCUGCGAGUGCUUGGAUGGUUGGACCGGAGGAUUCUGUGAUACUCCCGUCUGCUCGACUAGUAGAGGCGGAACCAUUUUGACCGAAAAUGGAAAAACAUUCGUUCUUGCUGUCGAUGCUGUUUCAAGUGGAAAUAUGGUUUCCGUGCUGAACGAUUUUGAAACAACCCUUUCAUCGGUCCUGAAAAAAGUUGAAUUCUCAUAUCCCAGAUGGUUCGAAAACUUUGUUGGAGUAGUUUUCUAUGAUUCUAAAAGUUCUGAAUCGGGAAUCCCCUCUGUUUCUUCAGUUGUCCGUGCCAACAAUUAUUCUGACUUUACUGCUUCAAUGACUAAGCUGAUAAAAUCACAAAAGUACUCAUCUGAAAGUAGUACUCGUUCCAUUUACACAGCUUUGAACGUUCUUCUGGCAGAAAAGACUAUUUCUCCAAGUUCCCCAGUUUUCGUUAUCACCUCUAGUGGAGCAGACGACAUAAUUACCUCCAAUUUAUUAUAUCAAACUAUUGCUGCGAAACAUCCAUCGAUUUUUGAGAUUUUCAUUGGAGACACUGGUGCACCUGGAGGAGGGUCUUAUGCUGAUAAUGGUGUACAAGAACUUUUCGAAACUGCUCACCAAACAGGAGGAGCUGUUUAUCAGACACCUGCGGAAUCGUUGGAGAAGUUCUGGGACACACAAUUAAACACUUUAUAUGGAUCUUAUUAUUUGUCUACGCAUCAUAUAAGUGACUGUAUCAACCAUGUCGAAUAUAUACAAAUCGGAGUAAAUUCAUCUGAGCUAGUGGUAGAUAUUUAUGGAGCAGAGCCUUCAAUCUUCGCAACCGAUCCAGAUGGUCAGGAACAUCAACUUAUAACAACAUUCACUUCGAAAACGAACAUCCUUGCUCAUUUUGCUGAUCCUCUGACUAAGCCAGGAGUGUGGGCUAUAACAUUAAAUUCUAAUAAUGGUAAUCAAAAUACAUGCAUGCUCAACGUUCGCUCUCAAUCUAAUCAGAUGAAUAGCUUGCUCACUUAUGCCUCUUUCACACAAGAUGUGGGCGAAAACGGAGUCCUCCAAGAUGGAACGUCAGUACCAUACCCGAUUGCCUCUGGUAUUAAAAAUGCUGUUGUUGCUGCUGUUACGUCUGGGGCAUUGUUGAGUUAUGCUCAAGCUCUUGAUAUUGAAGAUAGAAUUUUGUUAUGGGCAUCUCCUAUGAUUCCUCGUAAGAAUUGCGAUUUCUCCUUUAUCACAACUGACUCAUACAUUUGUGAUCGCCCAACGUUCAUUUUGGCUAUUAAUGGUUUUGAUGUUGCUGGUCAUCCUUUCCGUCGCCUUUUCACUUAUCACUGCCAGGGACCUCUCCCACAACCUGCAUCAGUUACACCAUCAUUGGCUCCUCCUGUAACCACACAACAAACAACGACUUCUGGAAUCGUUUGUCAUACUUCACAACCGAAAGCGGAUCUCAUUAUAGCUUUUGACUCUUCGAAUACUGUACCACACAAAACAUAUAAUAAGAUUAUCGCCUUAUUCAGAGGAUUGAGUGAUUCAUUCAUAGUAGGUCAACAUAACGUGCGAAUCGAUGCAGGAACUUAUGAUGCCUUGGCCUCAUUUGACGACAAUUCUUUGUUGUCAAUAAACAAUACUGACGACUAUAUGGCUCGGUUAGAUGAGUUGAAGAGGUUUGGAUAUACAGGAAGUAAUGGAAACAAUAUAAAUGACGUACUGGAAUACGUGAAAAGCUUGACAGAUCAGUUCAGAGCAGUUCGUAAAAUCGUUAUCUUUGUCUCCAGCUUAGGUUGGGAUAAAGGAAACACUCGUGAAGGAGUAGAAGUUGGAUACAUGGAUCCCAAGGACAAUAUCGCUGCUCUCAAGGAAAACGGGGUAGAAUUCAUACCAAUAGCUUGGGGAGAUUCAGCUGAUAUAACUCAAUUGAAUGCUUUCUCAGAUAAAUGUUUGCAGAAAGCGAACACUGUUGAUGAUAUAUCUUCUGCGAUCAACUUCAUUUCUCAAUCCUUAUGUAGUACUGAACCGCAAUGUUAA